CUCGGUGUUCCCGCUGCCGCCCUCCAGCAUCGGCUACCACGGCUCCAUCGUGGGCGCCUACGCCGGCUACCCGUCCCAGUUCGUGCCUGGCCUGGAUCCCAGCAAGUCCGGCCUCGUGGGAGGCCAGCUGUCCGGGGGCCUGGGCCUGCCGCCGGGCAAGCCCCCCAGCUCCAGCCCGCUCACCGGGGCCUCCCCGCCCUCCUUCCUGCAGGGAUUAUGCCGCGACCCGUACUGCCUGGGAGGGUACCACGGCGCCUCGCACCUCGGCGGCUCCAGCUGCUCCACCUGCAGUGCGCAC